GACUUUGGUGAAAGUCUAAAUUGGUUUGACCGGUGGUCAAAGAGUUCAUGAGAAACCCGUAACACUUAAAUCGUUUUGAAAAGAAAGAAAAUAAGUUGACUGUUGGUCAACCGUCUAAAGAACCGAAUGUAAAGUUGAAUUGAUUUUUAUUAAAAGGAUAAACAUAUGCACGAUCUUAAUUGUUGAAUUAUUAUGUCUAUUCUUGUGCUACAAAAGAGUACCACUCAGCGUCAAUGCUGAGCGGAUAGCGUUGUUUUCUUUUGCUGUCCGUAGGUGAUCAGACAGAUGAACCUAGAGCCGAUCCCAGAGGGCAUUGAGGAGGAGAUGUACGAUGGCGUGGCUGUCUCUUUAAUCUGUUGAUUAUGCUUUAUUUAAUUAACUUUAAUGCUUAUUACGUUUUCAGGCAAGAUCCCAAGUUGUUUGACUUUAAAAAGGCUUCCGCAUUAUUUUAAAUUACUCCGAUGGAUUUUUAUAUGUAUUGAAAGAACGUUUGUUUAAAAUUGUUCUGAAAAUGUCGCAAAUUCGGAUACCAAUUCAGUGGCACACCGGUCCGCUGUCUCACGGGUUUGAUGUCGGAACGGCACCAUUUCCCGGAAGAACUCCUGAUCGAAGUCCUGAAAAGGCUCCCCGUCGGGUCCCUCGUCCGCUUCACCGCCGUUUCCAAGUCGUUGUUCUUCUUCAUCACCAGUCCCGCCUUCGCCUCCGCCCACCUCCGCCACUCCCGCUGCAAUGAUAAUUCCUCCCGGAACCUCCUCCUCCACCGACGCGUACGAUAUCCAUCCAGAAAGCGUAAGUGUGAAAUACUCUGCGAAUCUGAUCAUCAAACACUUACCCCUAUCAGCUCUCCGGAGCUCCCCCUUUCAAUCCCCGACGGGGACGGGAUACUUAUCAUGGUCGGCUGCUGUAACGGCGUCGUUUGCUUACUCUACAAUCGCCAUAGCGGCUCCGAAUCCAUAUACCUUUGGAACCCUUGUAUUCAGAAGCUUAUGACCUUGCCCUCUGCUGCAAUUAUUAGACCAUGGUGCUUCUCCGUACUAGGGUUUGGUGUUGAUCCAGAGGGUGGUCUCAAGGUUGUCAGGGUUGUGCAUGAAAGGGAGACCGGAUGGAUUCGGAGUGUGUCGGAUCAUGUUGAGAUUUAUUCACUCGGCACGGGGACGUGGAGAAGGAUAUCCGUUGUUGGGGUGAAUCCCUGUGAGAUCAUUUUAGUUCAGUCUCAGACUUUUGUCCAUGGAGCAGUGCAUUGGAUUGGGUCCAAAUUGAUGGACGACAAUGCGAGACAGUACUGUAUUAUUGUGUUCUCCAUGAGUGAUGAAGUUUUUAGUGAGAUUAUGCUGCCAGAUGAAUUGGCCUGUGCGGGUUCAGGUUUUUCAAAAGACUUGAGAAUGGUGACGUUUGGUGAGUCUGUUGUUGUUUAUUGGCAAACUGUAGGGAUGGAUGGCCUUUCGUUUGAGCUGUGGAUGAUGAAAGAGUACGGAGUUGUGGGAUCUUGGUGUAGGCUACAUCGUAUGGAACCGGUUGAAUGGGCCGCGGAAGUUGUUGGCCUUAGGAAAAAUGGUGACGUUUUCAUCUCUACUGACGACGAGGAGGAUGGUGAGCUUGUUUCGUACUGCCCGGAUACUGGAGCUGUUAGUAAACUUGGGAUCUAUGGUUCCGACUUCAUAUUUCACGUUUUUGAAUACUUGGAAUCUCUUGUUCUGCUUCAAGAACAAAGCUGCGUUAUUGAUGGGAUAUCUGAAGAAAUGACAAGUUUGGCGUUGAUUUGAAGAGGAGAAUAGGUUUGGUCGCUUGUUUAAAGGGUUAUGAUACAAUGUGUCAAGCACAUGAGAAAGUUAAUGGAUGCGGGAGAGAUGCUGCAAAAUGGAGACUUGAUUUUGGGUUUGCAAAGGAUUCCAACACGAUUCUCAGUCGGUUUGUUUUGGUAAUGUAUUUGCGAUUGUGCUUUAGUAUAACAUUUGUUAAUAUUCGGUAUUGAACUCUUCAUCAUAUCAUACUCUUCGUAUUCAUUGUAAGCAGUAGAGAAUAGCUAUUGUAAAAUCCUCGGUGUAGACUGUUGAGGAUAGUCGUUCCAAAAUCUUUGGUGCAAGCAGUCGAGGAUAAUCGUAAGCCAAAUUCUCAGCGCAAUUGGUUCAGAACAGCUGUAGCAAAAUCAUCCGUCAAAGCGGUUGAGAAUAACCGUUGUGGAAUACUCGUCAUAUUGGCGAGGAUUGUUUGUCAAGACUGUGCGUUUCUUCUCGAAGGAUUCAAAGCCAACGCCUAAUGGAUUGUGAAUCCUAAGUCGGAGCCUUUACGUAUUAGAGGGUUUGGAGUAGGACUUUGUUUUGUAUAAGACACCAAUGUACUCGAUUUAAUUUUUACACCAAUGCAGCAGAGAUGUUUUGCAUUGGAGCCUUUGGAGGGCUAAAUGA